AUGCCUAUGAAAGCCUGUCAAAGCCAAUAUGGCAAGUUUUCCUACCUCUCGAGGCUCCUAGCCUCUGCAAACAACUUGCUCCCCCCUAAUCCAUACAACACAGCAAACAAGAUCAUUGACUAUUACUUGAACAAGAGCGCGAAGGAAGAAGAGUCCAUACCCAAGUCAUCAGGUCCUCCACAGAUCCUUUCUCAUUUGAAGUGGACCAUGAGCGGCGGGUUGGGAGUUAGCCGGCUGGUAGCACUGGACCACUAUCCUCGAGAGUAUCGUCGAGCUCUCAGAAACACUCUAAGCCAACAACAGCUCACAGCCUACUGUGAAGAGACAAUACCACUGUUUGUCUUCGGGCCUCUCAUGUUGCCGUCCUUCCUGAAGAGCACGACGGACGCAGACGCACAUAUGGAUCAGGCCCGGUACAUGAGCCAGGGGAGUCUCCUGGGCCACAAGCUGUACUUGUUUGAAGGGAGCGAGCUUCCUCUGGUAAUGCCCUCCAGUGAACCAGGGGACUAUGUGGAUGGAAUGCUGAUAUUCAACCUCACGGCGGCACGACGAGGUUGGAUACACGAGCUCGAAGCAUCGAACGAGGUAGAGAUGAGGAACGUGCGUGUUGAGAUUGUGCUGGAUGACGGCAACCUAUCGAACCUAGACGCGGCAGCCUUUGUGUGGACUGGAGGGGAGGAUAUUGGCAUUUCCCCGGCUUCGGCAACCCAGUGGAGGAUCGAUAAGUUUCUUGCAAGCCCCUGGUAUGAGCGAACCACAACCGGAUAUGAAUCAUGCUAG